AUGGAAGGGAAAAAAAUAUUUGGAAGAUACGAUAGAAUCGAGAUUUCAGAUAUUAUCUUCGAUAAAAUCAAUGGAGCUCUCAAUGAAGCUCGACUCCGAUACAAAGCAUAUGUUGCAACUCUUUGUUCUGUUCUCAGUGCUAUUCUAAAUUCUAAGGAUCUUGAUGAAGGCUGCAACGGCAUUGAUGACAAAAAGGCUUCCUUACUAAUGAUGAACUUCACUAUUGAGGAAGUCAAGUUUGCAAUAAACAAACUUGGUGAAGAUGCUCCUGUGAACGAACUUGUAGAUUUCAUCUUUGCUGCUCAGUUAGCUAAUGCAGAUGAUAAAAGAAUCAAUGUUGAAUUUCAGAAAAAGGAUAUGCUUAUUGUAAUUGCAGAAAAACUAUGGAGUGGGCUUGAACAUUUUGUAUUUGAUUGGUUGAUCAAUGCUGACAGGGUUGUAAGUCAGGUUGAAUAUCCUUUGUUGGCUAAUUUGAGGGGGCUCUUUCUAGACCUAGUUGCACAGCUUGUGGGUGCUUUAUCACAGAUGAGGGUAGUUGGAAAGGGUUGCAAGUUAGUUGGAUGUGGUACUGUUGUACCUAUUCUUGAAGUUUCUAAUGAUGAUCUUUCUAACAUUGUUGACACAAAUGAUGAAUGGAUAUCUGUUUGA